UAAGGACAACGCGCCGCGAAAAUCCACGGUAACGCCGCUCGUUGCCCGUUUUCCUCCCAAUCUUUCCCUCUCUUGCGUUACAAGAACCCUCUCAAAACCCUCUCCAAUGGCGGACGGCUUCUGAGAAAAAAACAGAAAAAACUAGGGUUUCCGUCCCCCAAGAAUGGCUCUCUCCACGGUGCUCCGCCUCACCUCCUCUUCUCUGGCGCGCUACCGCCCGCCCUUUCCCUCCCUCCGCGCCUCUAUCUCUUUCUCCCGUAGCGGCUUCUCCGAGCUCCGGUUCCUCUCCACCGCCCCUGGGCGCUCCGUCCGGGUCGCGAGAUCGAAGCGGAGGGAUGGAGACGAUGAGGUCGGGAGGGCGAAGGAGGAGAAGCGGGAGGAAGGGGGCAAUGGGGGCUUGAUGGUGAAGGAGAGGAGCAGCGCGCGAGAUGGGAGGAUCGUCCCCGCUGAGCUCCACAAGGAAGCGACCGAGGCCUACAUGGCCUAUGCCAUGUCAGUUUUGCUCGGCCGCGCCUUGCCGGACGUUAGGGAUGGGUUGAAGCCCGUGCACCGGAGGAUACUGUUUGCAAUGCAUGAGCUGGGCCUUUCAUCUCGUAAGCCUUUCAAGAAAUGUGCGAGGGUUGUUGGCGAGGUCUUAGGUAAGUAUCAUCCCCAUGGAGAUACUGCUGUUUAUGAAUCUUUAGUGCGGAUGGCACAGGACUUCUCCAUGCGAUGUCCUCUUAUUCGAGGACAUGGAAACUUUGGAUCAAUUGAUGCCGAUCCUCCUGCCGCUAUGCGUUACACUGAGUGCAGAUUGGACGCACUUACUGAAGCCAUGCUCUUAACUGAUUUAGAACUGAAUACGGUUGACUUUGUUCCAAAUUUUGACAAUUCACAAAAAGAGCCAUCUCUUUUGCCGGCUCGUAUCCCAAUUUUAUUGUUGAAUGGUUCUUCUGGAAUUGCGGUUGGAAUGGCAACAAAUAUUCCUCCUCAUAAUCUUGGGGAGCUUGUGGAUGCACUUUCUGCUUUGAUCCAUAAUCCUGAGGCUACACUCCAAGAACUGCUGGAAUACAUGCCUGGACCUGAUUUCCCAACUGGAGGAAUGAUCAUGGGGAAUGCUGGAAUCUUGGAGGCGUAUAGAACUGGAAGAGGACGCAUAAUAGUUAGAGGAAAGACUGACAUGGAAGUGCUUGAUGAAAAAACCAAACGCACUGCCAUAAUAAUAAAGGAGAUCCCUUACCAAACAAACAAAUCUGCUCUGGUGGAGAAAAUUGCUGAACUUGUGGAAGACAAGAUUUUAGAAGGCAUAAGUGAUAUUCGUGAUGAAAGUGACCGAUCUGGGAUGCGUAUAGUGAUAGAGCUGAAAAGAGGGUCAGAUCCAGCCAUAGUUCUCAACAACCUUUUCCGUCUUACUGCUCUUCAGUCUAGCUUCAGCUGCAACAUGGUAGGGAUUCUUGAUGGGGAGCCAAAGCUAAUGGGAUUGAAAGAGUUGCUUCAGGCAUUCCUUGACUUCAGAUGUUCUAUUAUUGAAAGACGUGCAAGAUUUAAGCUUUCUCAAGCACAAGAGAGGAAGCAUAUUAUAGAGGGCAUCAUUGUGGGCCUCGACAAUUUGGAUGCUGUAAUUAAUAUAAUUAAGGAAACCUCAAGUAAUGCAAUUGCUAAAGCUGCAUUAAUGAAGGCAUAUUGUUUAUCUGAAAAGCAAGCUGAAGCUUUAUUGGACAUAACCUUGAGAAAACUCACUUUACUUGAGAGAAAGAAGUUUAUAGAUGAAGCUGAAUCCUUAUCAGCACAGAUUUCUAAGCUGAAUGAGCUCUUGUCAAGUAAGAAGCUCAUGUUUCAGCUUAUUGAACAAGAAGCAGUUGAGCUAAGGAAUAAAUUUGGAACUCCAAGGCGUUCUUCAUUGGAAGAUGCAGGAAGUAGUCAACUUGAAGAAAUAGAUGUGAUUCCUAACGAAGAAAUGCUUUUGAGUCUCAGUGAGAAAGGUUAUGUUAAGCGGAUGAAAUCUAACACCUUUAAUCUACAACAUCGGGGUACUAUUGGAAAAUCUGUUGGAACGAUGCGAUUGAAUGAUACAAUGUCUGACUUCAUUGUCUGUCAUACGCAUGAUCACAUCCUUUAUUUCAGCUUUCAUGCAGAUCCCAUCCAGAGUUAUGUGGCCUUUGCUGUACUUUAUUUUACCUUCAUGUUUUGCUUCAAGAUAAAUCUUGAAAGCAUAGGUUAAGAAGGGAGUGGUUUUACAAUACUGUGCAGUAGUUUCAAUCGUUUUUGUUUGCAUUGUGAAUAAGCCUGUCUCUGCUUUAUAUAAUUCAGCAGGCUUGGGGGAAACUGCCAUAGGACUAUUGUAACUUUAUAAAUGCAUUCCCCUUUUUUAAUUGG